UCCUUUAAAAACUCAAGCCACUCCGGACAUGGCAGACAUUCAACAGUCAGCCAGCAGCAUGGAAUCAUCCAGCGGUACCGCCUACGCUCUGUUCUUGCACCGCCAGGAGUUGCAACGCCGCCAGAUGCUGUACACCAAGGUUUCGAGGACCAAAAUCCAGCUGACAAAGGAACUGAUUGCCAAGCAGAAGCAACGGCUGGGCGCCUGCACCAACGAGGAUCUGGAGAUCCUCAACAGAGAGACGCAGUUCAAGCGAACGCUCCAGCAGAAGCUCAAGCAUCGCAGCAAGCAGCUCAAAGCCAUUGCCAGGCAACAGGAGAGACGAGAAAGCUGACUAGAGGGCGGGCAAACCCCCCUCUUUUUUCCACUAUAGUUUUACCGUUACCCCCCUCCUGGGGAGCACAAGUUUAAUUAGUUUUAGCUUAACGUAAAUGAUGUGUGCUUUUCCAUAGUUUAACUUAGCUUAGAGCUCAAAGAAAUAAAAUUUCCUAUGCAAAUCAA